AUGACCUCUCUUUUUUGUCCUGUUGUUGCCGCUGACAGAUUGGAAGACAUCAAGCUGGGGGGCCCGGAAAUAGCAGUAUUUGCAAUCCCAGAAGUUACCGAGAUAGUUAUUGACGGGCUAAUCGCCGUGUUCGGAAGCGCUUGUGUGAUGAAAAUCGGGCAAGAACUUGGAAUCCGAUGGGAUGAUUUUGUGAAGUCAUUGGGAAUAGUUGGGGAGACAGAAAAGGGAAAUACGGAGAUAAAGGAUACAGAAGGGAAUACGGUGACAGUUCGGGAGCCGUUAUGGAAAGUUAAGGCGAAAUGGGAUAAUUACGUUUCAGACGUGCAAAACGAGCUUGACACGGUUUUUGCCAAGCAAUGGGUUAAAACAGCGACCCACGAAGGCAAAGCGGCAAUACAAACGGUAUAUGAGUAUUAUACCGCCUUAGGAUCGCCCAAAGGAAAGGAUGACAAGUGGUAUUUUGAAGCCCGUGAGAAUCAUGAAAGCGGACGGACAUCACGACCACCUACAUUACGGAAGAAAUGCAAACGAGCGCUUACAUUGUUGGAUAUGGAAGAACGUAUGACCCAAGAACAUUAUUACCAUAGAAUUGACGUAGAAAACGGGUAUCUCCAAGUCACCCGUGACGACACAGAAGAAACGCAGGAACUCAGGAUAAACGCGUAUGGAAAAGACGGCACCCUAAUCAAGAGCGCCCGCCGCCUCUACAAUAUCAAGUAUGAUUAUUUCCGUUAUCAGACUUGGAAAGGGGGCGCACCCAUUCAGGAUGAGAUACCCAUUUCAUACGGGUAUGGACAUUUGCAAUGGGAGGAUGUAUACGGAGAGAAACUGUUUGAUGAGGACUGGGAGAAUCCCUAUCCGGACAAUUACGAGCCGUUAAACCCCAAAGGAACCUAUAUUUUCCGUCAUCACGGGCUGUUAUGUUCCUUUUCUUGCAUUGAGUUAGAUGUAUCAAUCAACGCGAGAAUCUGCAAUUGGGAAGAACUUGAUGAAGACCGGAAAAACGGGUUGACUCCUCUCGUGAAGGGUGUAAGACCCAUGAACCCCACAAACCGCGAUCGGGAGGAGGAACAAGAGGCAAUACGGAAAUUUGACCCGAAGAAAGCCAGAGAGGAGCGGCUAAAAAUGCUUGAAAUCAACACGCAGUAUCUCCGUUGUGAGUUGGAGAAACCCGAAUACCAAGCCGCCGUAAAAGCAGCACACGGCAAGGAGAUUGAUAUUCAAAUCCCAUACGACCCGCGUUUUAUCGACUGA